AUGAAAACUUUGUAAUUUCAAGCAAUUUUUACAGAACAAUCAUAGAUUUAACAAUAUCCUAAAACUUUAUAAUUUUCUAAUACUCAUAAGCAUGCUAAUUGUUAAAUAAGUGAAGGUGGUAAAGUUGUUGAAUGUAGUGGUGGUAGUUGGUAUUAUUGUCUUUGUGAAUAAGCAAUUCCAAAGACUGGGAAAAUAGUAUUUGCAUUCUAAAUGAUAAGUGGAUAAUGCUUUAUGGUUGGAAUUGGAUUCAGAGAUAUUAUAUAAAAAAAUAAUUAUAUUGGUAAUUGUGGAGUUGGGUAUGGGUAUAUAAUUAAAUCAUAAUAGAUCAUAUUUGAUACGUAAUAAUGGUUAGACUUACUCUCAUCAUAAUAAAGAUGUAAAUGAUAAAUAAUUAUCAUUCACUUAUACAACUAAUGAUGUAAUAAUAAUGGAAGUAAGUAUUGAACAUAAGUAUAUUAAAUGGACCAGAUAGAAUAAUCCAUUAGCAACAGUUGUAAUUAUCAAAACUAUUAUUAGUAGUUAGAAAUAGAUACAUCCAUAUCAUAAGAAUUAUAUCCAUGUGUGAAUAUUCAUACAUCUAAAGUUAAAAUAUUAGAUAAUAUUAUAAUUUGUAGAUAAAAUUAUACUCAAGCUUAUAUAAAUUUUAAGCUUUAAUUUAUUUUGAAUCAUGAAAAAGAGUUAAGUAAUUAUAAGAAUAUUACUAUUAGCUUGUAGAAAUUAAUAAUUAUAAAGAGGUAUUCUAAAUUUAUUUGUUUUUCUACAUAUAAAUAAUUAUGA